CUCCCUUCCACAAUUAUCUUUUCCUCAAUGGGCUAAGAGAUUGCGAUUUUCUCUCCGGUGAAAGAAAAAUCUCACUCCCUUAUCCCAUUUUCCCCUCAAUUUUCUCACUAACCAAACACGACAUAAACAUGGACUUAUCAACCAGAUUCCAUCGCUUACACCUCCACUCUUCUUCCUUCUUAACUGGUUCACCACUCCGACCUCAUCUCAAUCAGAAUCCAUCACUACCCAUCAGCUUAAAACCCAUUAAAAUCAAUCCCAAGUCAUUCAAAUUCAAACCCAGUUCAAGAAUCAGUGCUCGUUUAUCAACAGCCACGUCAGUUGCUGAGCCUGACAUAGAUAUUGAGUCCUUGUUUUCUAGCAACUCCGGCAAUGAAUUCGACCGUAAAAGCAACAAAAAACAAUCGAAUACCGGAGCUUCAGGUAUUACCUCAGGUAUUAAGCUCGAAAACAUCAGUAAAAGUUACAAGGGUGUAACUGUGUUAAAAGAUGUGACCUGGGAAGUGAAAAAAGGUGAGAAAGUUGGGUUAGUAGGUGUUAAUGGAGCAGGGAAAACUACCCAGUUGAGAAUUAUUGCAGGACAUGAAGAGCCUGACUCUGGGAAUGUAAUCAAAGCUAAACCCAAUUUGAAAAUUUCUUUGUUGAGUCAAGAAUUUGAGGUUUCUUUGAGUAGGACUGUUAGAGAAGAGUUUACUAGUGCGUUUGGUGAAGAAAUGGAGAUUUCUGAGAGGUUAGAGAAGGUUCAGAAGGCGAUCGAGGGGUCCGUUGAGGAUUUGGAGUUGAUGGGGAGAUUGUUGGAUGAGUUUGAUUUGCUGCAGAGGAGAGCUCAGGCUGUUGAUUUGGAUGAGGUUGAUGCUAAGAUUAGUAAAUUGAUGCCUGAACUUGGGUUUGCACCGGAGGAUUCUGAUCGGUUGGUUGCUUCUUUCAGUGGUGGGUGGCAGAUGAGGAUGUCACUGGGGAAAAUUUUGCUUCAGGACCCGGAUUUGUUGCUUUUGGAUGAACCUACUAAUCACCUCGACUUGGAUACAAUUGAGUGGCUUGAAGGUUAUCUUCAGAAGCAAGAAGUGCCUAUGGUCAUCAUAUCGCAUGACAGGGCCUUUUUAGAUCAACUGUGUACGAAAAUUGUGGAGACUGAAAUGGGUGUGGCUAGGACAUAUAUGGGAAAUUAUUCUCAGUUCCUUGAAUCGAAGGCAGCAUGGAUUGAAACUCAAUAUGCUGCCUGGGAAAAACAGCAAAAGGAUAUUGAGCACACAAAGGACUUGAUAAGCAGGUUGGGUGCUGGAGCAAAUUCUGGGCGUGCUUCUUCAGCUGAAAAGAAAUUGGAGAGACUUCAGGAAGAGGAUCAAAUAGAGAAGCCAUUUCAACGGAAACAAAUGAAGAUAAGGUUCCCAGAGCGCGGAAGAAGUGGAAGAACUGUUGUAAUGAUUAAGAAUUUGGAAUUCAGUUAUGAAGAUCAGGUCCUCUUUAAUAAAACAAAUCUUACCAUAGAAAGAGGUGAGAAAAUUGCCAUCAUUGGUCCAAAUGGAUGUGGGAAGAGUACGUUAUUGAAAUUGAUCAAGGGCCUAGAGAAGCCAAAAGCAGGUGAAAUUAUACUUGGGGAGCAUAAUGUACUGCCCAACUAUUUUGAGCAGAACCAGGCCGAGGCACUUGAUUUGGACAAAACAGUGCUUCAAACAGUGGAAGAGGUUGCUGAGGACUGGAAACUUGAUGAUAUAAAAGGACUCCUUGGUCGUUGUAAUUUCAAAGCGGAUAUGCUUGAUAGAAAGGUUUCCUUUUUGAGUGGUGGGGAGAAGGCACGUCUAGCAUUUUGCAAAUUCAUGGUGAAACCUUCAACUUUGCUCGUUUUGGAUGAACCAACCAAUCAUCUCGAUAUUCCUUCAAAAGAAAUGCUUGAGGAUGCCAUAACAGAAUACCAGGGCACAGUCAUCACAGUUUCUCAUGACCGUUAUUUUAUAAAGCAAAUAGUAAAUAGAGUAAUUGAAGUUAAAGAUGGCAAGCUCCAGGAUUAUGCAGGGGAUUACAAUUAUUAUCUGGAGAAAAACCUUGAUGCAAGGGAAAGAGAACUCGAACGUGAGGCUGAGCUCGAUGAAAAGGCUCCAAAGGUGAAAGCCAAAUCCAAGAUGUCGAAGGCUGAGAAGGAAGCAAGGAAGAAACAAAAAAUGCAGGCGUUUCAGGUUGCGAAACAAAAAUCGAAAGGAGCGAAGAAUUCCAAGAGAUGGAACUGAAAGAUGCACACACUGUAAAUUGAUAGAGAGUACUACACUUGAUUUGAACUAAUUUUACAAUGUAAAGUGCUUAGGCCAAUGUUGUCGGCUAUUUUCAGCAACGAACUUGGCCAUUGUAAAUAAUACAUUUUAAUAGAAAUCAGCUUUUAUCUUA